AUGGCGAGCCUCGGAGGGUACCUGAACAAAAAGGUGCUGAUCGUGACGGCCGAUUCGCGGAUACUCGUGGGCACCCUGACGGCGGCCGAUAACUCGACCAACCUGGUGCUCAAUGACGCCGUCGAGAGAAUCAUCCGCGAACCCGACGAUCCUGAGCCUUCUGUCGAGGUGCCCCUAGGACUGUACCUGGUGCGAGGAGACGGCGUGUGCUCCGUCGGCCUGGUGGACGAGAAACUCGACGACAGCAUCAAUUGGACGGAGGUGAAGGGGGCCACGAUUGGAGGCGUCAAGCACAUCUGA